AUGUCGAACGACUCCCUGAGAUAUAUACCCCUAGCCUACGACCACGCCGAUUCACAAUCCUCCGCCCUCAGACUUGUACUCACAAUCAAACCGGAAUGGGAAGGUCCAGGCAACAAGAUUGAAUUCGUGCGAUUUACGGACGGAAUAACGAAUACUUUACUCAAAAUUGUCAAUCGCAAGCCCGGCUUGACCGAUGAACAGAUUGACAAUGAGGCAGUGCUUAUGCGCGCCUAUGGUAACCAUACCGAGAUCCUCAUAGACCGUGAAAGGGAGACUAGAUCUCAUAGUUUGCUCGCCCAACACGGACUCGCUCCUCCGUUGCUAGCUCGCUUCAAGAACGGGUUGUUGUACUGUUUCAUUCGCGGUCACGUCACGUCGCCUUCGGAUCUUAUUCAGCCUUCUGUCUGGAGAGGUGUUGCCCGUCGAUUGGGCCAAUGGCAUGCUGUUCUUCCCAUUACUAGUUCAGCGGACGAUGACCAGACUUCUUCCUCAUCUUCACAAGAUGAUUACGACGUAAACAAGCCAGAUGGAACAUCUAAAGCCUCGGCCAUAACUCCCAUUCGACCAAGACAAGCUGGUCCUAAUCUGUGGACGGUUAUGCAAAAAUGGAUCCUUGCCCUGCCUGUCCAGACAGAGGAGCAGCGAUCACGACAGAAAACACUCCAGACCGAGUUGGAGCGUACAUUAAACGAACUCGAUGAUGGAAGCGGCAUUGGUGAAAGCGGAUUGAUCUUUGCUCACUGCGACCUACUCAGCGCGAACGUCAUUGUAAUACCACACGAAGAAACGAACGGCGUUGUCAGCGGCGAUUCAGAUUCUCAAGAUGUCCACUUCAUCGAUUACGAAUACGCAACACCGUCCCCCGCUGCGUUUGAUAUUGCCAACCAUUUCGCCGAAUGGGGCGGAUAUGACUGUGACUACAACAUGCUUCCCACGCGCUCCGUACGGAGAGAGUUCUUGACAGAAUAUGUGAAGAGUUUUGCGCAACAUGGUGGCAAAGGCGUUGACGCUGAACAGCAAGAACUGGUUGUUGAAAAGCUAUUCCAAGAUGUUGAUAGAUUCAGAGGAAUUCCCGGCUUCUACUGGGGUGUAUGGGCUCUCAUUCAAGCAACCAUUUCCCAGAUCGAUUUUGACUACGCUUCUUACGCCGAAGUACGUCUGGGCGAGUACUGGGCAUGGCGUCGUGAACAGGAUGGCAGCAAGUCUGCCGCAGAGAAGCCAUUACGAGAACGCAGAUGGGCGCAGGAAGCCUAA